AUGAUAUCCUUUGGGCUAAACUUCAGCUCUGAGAGUGGCACCGUCUCGGAUGCGACGUACAUUGCCUUUAUGUGCAUCAUGGCUUUUGGUUGCCUCUGUGCACUUGCCCUACUUAACCCUUACACUGUCAUUCGGGAGGAUAACUCACGCGCCGCCGUUUCGAAAAAGCCUGGCGUGUGGGAUGAAUUUGUGGGGCUGCUCAAAGUCCUUCGAGAUUGGAGAGUGGUGUGCCUCGUCCCCUUCUGGAUGGCUGCCAACUAUGCCUACAACUACCAGCAAAACACCUACAACGCCAAACUCUUUACCCUUCGCACGCGCAGUUUUAACGGCGGCAUGUACUGGCUGGCGCAGAUGGUGUCCAGUUAUUUAUUUGGCCUUUUCCUCGACAACUCGUACAUGAACCGCCGCCAGCGAGGAAUCUGGGGUUUCGUCAUAAAUGCGAUCAUCUCGAUGGUGGUCUGGGGAGGCGGAUUGGCUGCCCAGCUCAAGCGUGGCCCCAACAGCAACUAUUACGCCCUCAACGAGAUGGACUUGAUCUCUUCCGGAGGCAAGUACGCCGGCCCAUUUCUGUUGUACUUCUUUUAUGGCAGCUUCGACGCCAUCUGGCAAACGCUGGUCUACUGGACGAUUGGGUAUUUAUCGCACGAGUCACCUGAACAGGCGGCACGGUAUGUGGGGGCGUUCAAAUGCGCCGAGGCGGUAGGCAGCGCGAUUGCAUCCAAGGUCAAUUCAGAAAAGACGGACUACAACGUGGAAUUUGCGGUGGACUGGGCAUUUGUAGUGCUGGCUUUGGUCUGUGCGAUCCCGUUCGUGUUGUCGAUUCAAGACGCGCCUCCGCACGCCGGGCAGGAGACAGUUUACGUCCAGGCAGAUAAAGGGGAGACAGUUGAAUCGCGUGGCGACGUGAAUGCUCGAAGUGCGUAG